CAGUCGUUGCACCACGUUGAAUACAUCUCAAACUACUAUAUAAAUAUCAUUGUUUCUUCUUCUACUUCUUCUCAUUCUAUUUCAUCCACAAUAAGUGAAUCCGAAAGCUUAAAUCCCCCCUUGUUUUCUCUGAAAAUGCCAUCAGAUUCCGAGGAUAGGCGGUCAACAAAGGCCAUUAACACCGGAGCCCCACCGCCGGAACAACAACAGCUGCCGUGUCCUCGUUGUGAUUCCACCAACACCAAGUUUUGCUACUACAACAACUAUAACUUCUCUCAGCCUCGCCACUUUUGUAAGUCGUGUCGACGUUACUGGACUCACGGUGGCACCCUCAGGGACAUCCCUGUUGGUGGUGGCACCAAAAGAAACGCAAAGCGUUCACGCACCACCACCAGCUCCACCCAUGGAACCGUCGUUUCUUCUUCCACCAAUGCCAUUACCAACACCGCAAGUUACAAUGACAUCCACUUGCCAGCGGCUGCCACUCAGGUUUUACUACCACUGUCGGGCAAUCAGGGAGGUUUGGGUAUUGGUGGGGAGUCCAAGGGCAAUGGUUUCGCUUCAUUGUUGGGUAAUCAUCCUCAGGGACCUGGUUAUCUGGCUCUUGGUGGGUUUCGGCUUGGUACUGGUCCAGCACUCGAAGAUGUUGGAUUUGGGCUUGGAAGAGGAAUGUGGGCUUUUCCGAUAGGGGAUGGUGCUGCGGUUAGUGGUGGCAAUGAUGGGAAUCCAUGGCAUUCUGAAGGUGGAGAAGCGGGGAGUGGUUUCUUUUCUUGGCCUGAACUUGCCAUUUCAACCCCUGGGAAUUUGCUCAAGUGAAUCUCAUCUUUUUUGUUCACCAUCUUUGAUGUAGAAUUAGUGUCUGAUAGUACAUUAUUAGGUAUAUGUAAGCAUAAACAAAACUACAGCCUUUUUCUGUAUUGUGUUAU